AUGCCAAAGCAACGAUCGAAAUUUGAUGAAUCGAUAAUUAACCAUUUUGAUCGGGCAUUUCAUACAAUCAUUACGAAACAUCGGAUGGAGCUGCGUUUUGUUCUAUCGCCUUAUUUGCAUAAUAUGUUACUUCAGCAUGCAAGGCAUCAUGAAAUUGACUUUUUGGGUUAUUCCUAUGAAUUAAUUGGUAUUAUGUCAUACUUUUUAAAAUCUUCUUAUAUAUAUCGAUACAAAGCAUGCGAAAAUCCGGCGCCAACGCAUUUCUACCAAUUGUUAAUAGCUCUUUCGGCUUUUGGUAAAUCAACAUUGCAUACUUUGCUUAAAUCAUCGGUAAUGAAUGAGUAUAGCGUUCGAACAACUGGUGAGCAAUACAAUCAUCGAAAAUCUGGAAUUCUUGAGGGCUUCGAUGCAUUUGUCGACGAAACAAGUGCUGCCGGACUUCAAGCAGGGCUUGUGAAUGGAGAUAAAAUGAUCUUCAGCGAUGAGGGUGAAAAUAUUUUGAAAAAUAAUGGGCUCAUUGUUGAUGAAAAUACAACAACAUCAUCAACAUAUGAUUUACAUAAUUUCGUCCUGUCGUAUUAUGGUUCAAUUCGAACGUUCAAUAAAGAACUUAAAUCAGGUUCCUUGGCUGCUAAUAUUGGCCGGCUGACUAUUAGUUGUCUCAGUACUAGUGAGCCAAUCAUUCGAAUGUUAGCCCGUCGUUUCAGCGGUGGCCAAACUUGCCCUAUGCUUGAACGAUUUACUAUUCUAUAUGCAGAAACAAAACCAAAGUAUUCUUUCCAGCGUUCAACGGUGACAGUACAUAAAAUGGCAUCAUUAUCUCAAUUUGUCAUGGUUCUUGGUCAGAUACAUGAUAUUGAUUUUUACUUCGACAAUGAUGCCGAGAAUCUGUAUGCUUUAUAUGGCGAUUCAUUGACCUUCGCUAUGAAACAGCACGAACGAAAUGCACCGUGGCUGAGUACACGAUUUGGAAAAAGCAGAGAUCACUCACUUCGAUUAUGUGCCUUAUUACAAGGCCUAGAAAUGGCAGCGGUAGUAUGCCAUGAUCUUAUUCUUGAAGACCCAACGUUUGUUAAUGGAGCUGCUAACCAACAAUUCUUCCAAGCCGCCGUGAAAAAAACGAAAGAACUUUUCUUCCCAUCACCUUCAAAUCAAAGGCGCUUGUCCAUUGGAAUAGAAGUCGUUGAAGGAGCCAUUUAUUUAACAAACAAGCUGAUUGAGCAAUAUCGAGAAAUGUUCGAACCUAAUAAACGGGAAAUAAAGCAAGUUCCAUAUCUAACUAACCACAUAUUUUGA